AUGCGCAACCUACGCAAUGUGCGCUUCGGCCGGUGGAGCCAAGCCAAUAUCACGGCUACAUGCUGGGAUCCUGAGUAUGACGAGACUAUUUGUGCCGUUGGGCCGACAGAGACGAGCGCUCGCAUCGAGUUGCUCAGGGUAUCAGAGAAGGGCGAAAAUCUAGCACACGAACUGCUCACGAGCUGGGACUCGCCCAGCCCCAGUCCCGAUCUUCUGGCGGAUACAAUCCUCAGUCUCCAGUACCAGAAUGGCACGGGGUCGAUAUGCAUCGUCCUCGAAGGCGGAGACAUUGUUUCCGUCAGCGCAGAUGGUCAGGUAGAGAUCAUGGGCUCGAUAGACUCCGGCAUCGCGGCCGCACGGUGGUCUCCGGAUGAGGAGCUACUCAUUAUCGUGACAAAGGAGCAGAAUGUACUGUUCUUGGGGAGCUCCUUCGACCCCGUGGCCGAAGUCCCAAUGUUGGAGGAGGACCUCAAGCUGUCCAAACAGGUGUCUGUUGGUUGGGGCAAACGCGAGACGCAGUUUGAGGGUCGUGGAGCCAAGGCACUGCGCGAUCCUACAAUCCCUCUGAAAGUCGAUUCUGGUGUUCCAAGCAAAUUCGAAGAUGGUGCGACGACAAUCAGCUGGCGCGGAGACGGAGCGUUUGUGGCCAUCAAUUCGGUUGCAGAGGGCAGCCGCCGAGUGAUACGGGCAUACUCCCGCGAAGGCGAGCUGGACAGCGCGAGUGAGGCCGUCGAUGGCCUGGAAAGCGCACUGAGCUGGCGUCCAGCUGGCAAUCUCAUGGCCAGUAUCCAGCGGCUGGAGGACCGGGUUGACGUUGUCUUCUUCGAGCGCAAUGGCCUGCGCCAUGGAGAAUUCACACUGGUCUCGCCCGUUUCAGGCCCUAUCCAGACCGUGGACAACAUUCGCCUCGAGUGGAACGCCGACUCGACUGUCCUCGCGGUUGUGUUGCAGAGCUGUGUGCAGCUGUGGACGAUGGGCAACUAUCAUUGGUACUUGAAAGAAGAGAUUCCGGUGCGCACAAAAAGUCUCUCCUGGCAUUCAGAAAAGGCACUACGGCUGGCCCUGGCCUCGUCUGAUAGUCUGCUCUCGUCAGAAUACGCUUUUCACACCGCCAAGGGCAGUUGCCAUGCUCCCUACGACAAUGGUGCCGUGGCAGUCAUAGACGGCACGGCUGUCAAGCUGACACCUUUCGCUACCGCGAAUGUGCCGCCCCCUAUGGCUCUAUACGAUGUACCAGUCGAGUCUUCAGUCAUUGACGUUGCUUUUGGCAGACAAAACUUGUCUUUCGCCGUGCUGCACCACAAAGGCGUGUCUGUAUUUGACUGGUCACUCAAGAAUGGGCGACCAACAAAGCCCUCACUUCUCUUCGAAGCUCCGUUCAGCGCUGUGGACAUUCCUGGCGACCACAUGCCCUUGAGGAUAUGCUGCGCUUCCGAAACCACGUUCCGAAUCUCAAGCUAUCAGCAGACUUUUGAGCUCGAGCUGGCAAGAAACUGCUUGCGAGUAUUGGCGGACCGGCCAACACUACUUGCCUUUGCCACCCACGAGGACGAGAGCGGUGUCCAAGGCUAUGGUCAAGACCGAGGUGGGAAACUCUAUCGCCUUGAGGAAACGGAGGAUUCUAUGAUCAUCCCCCAAUUCCCCACACAGUUGCCAUUCUUCGAGGUCACCAAAGUCGACGAGGUUACGUUGGCCUUUGGCCUGUCUAGGGGUGGGCAUCUGUAUGCUAACUCACGGUCGUUGGCAAAGAACUGUACAUCGUUUGUCGUCACCCCGAGCCAUCUCAUUUUCACGACCAACAACCACUUUGUUAAGUUUGUCCAUCUUGCUUCAAAUGUGGACAACCUGGAGGUACCCUCAGAUGAUCUGGAAAAGGAUGAGCGAUGUCGUAGCGUUGAGCGCGGCUCUCGUCUGGUGACUGCAAUCCCUACCAACAUGAGCAUCGUCUUGCAGAUGCCUCGCGGCAAUCUCGAGACGAUCUUCCCGCGCGCCAUGGUGGUGGCUGGCAUACGGAACCUGAUCGAGGAAAAGAACUACGGCCGUGCAUUCUCCUAUUGCAGGACGCAGCGAGUGGACAUGAACAUUCUCUAUGAUCACCAGCCUGAGCAGUUCAUGGCCAACGUCGGCUUGUUCCUCGACCAGCUGAAGGAGGUAGCACACAUUGACCUUUUCCUCUCAGCACUUCGGGCCGAAGACGUCACGCAGACAAUGUACGAGAAUACCAAACAGCAGAAGCCCAGCGCGCCCUUCACCCCCAAUCUCGCGCCGAGGCCGGCCAGCUCUAAGAUCAACACGAUCUGCGACUCAGUUCUCAAAGCUCUCCAGUCACGCAAAGCAAGCAACCUCCAAAACAUUAUCACAGCCCAUGUCUGCAAGGAUCCCCCCGCACUGGACGAUGGUCUGCGUCUCGUCGCGGACCUCAUGCAAGAAGACGACAACGUGGCAGAACGUGCCGUUGAGCACAUUUGCUUCCUUGUCGACGUGCAUCGUCUGUACGACCACGCGCUGGGUCUAUACAACCUCGACCUGGCUCUCCUCGUCGCGCAGCAAAGCCAGCGUGAUCCGAGGGAGUAUGUCCCCUUUAUCCAAGAUCUCCACCAGAAGCCCGAGCUCCGACGUAAAUUCGCCAUCGAUGACCACCUGUCCCGUCACACCAAAGCUCUUACCCACCUCCAGAGCUUGAACGUCUUUGACGAGCUGUGCGAUUACACCGCCAAGCAUGCUCUCUACCAUGAAGCGCUUCGUCUCUACCGUUAUGACACGGCCCGUUUGAACAUUCUCACCGACCUGUACGCUGCCUACCUCGAAUCUAUUUCGCAGUACCGCGAGGCGGGCUUGGCCUACGAAUCUCUCCAAAACUACAAAAAGGCCACAUCGUGCUACCAGUCCGCCGGAGCACUAUGCUGGCAGGAAUGCCUCUUCAGCGCGCAACAACAGCCCCUAGGCACCGAUGCCAUGGCCGACUUGGCCAACACCCUCGCUGACGCCCUAUGGGAGUCCAAGGACUACGAGGCGGCAGCAACCAUCCACCUCGACUAUCUCGCCUCCGUCGAAGCAGCCAUCCGCUGUCUAUGCAAGGGGUACCACUUCCCCGCCGCCAUCCGCCUCGUCAUCCAGCGCGGCCGACCCGAACUACUGACCACCGCCGUCGAUGCCGGCCUCGCCGAAGCCCUCGGGUCAACCACCGAGUUCCUGGCCGACUGCAAGGCCCAGCUCACCUCGCAGCUGCCCCGUAUCGCCGAGCUGCGCCGGAAAGCCGCAGAGGACCCGCUGUCGUUCUACGAGGGCGACCGCACCGGCGGCAUGGACAUCCCCGACGACGUCUCCAUCGCGGCGAGCUCGCGCAUAAGCACGAGCGCCAGUCUGUUUACCCGUUACACGGGCAAGGCGGGCAGCAUCGGCACGCUUGGGACCGGCGUGAGUCGCGCGAGCAGCAAGAACCGCAAGCGGGAGGAAAAGAAGCGCGCCCGGGGUAGGAAGGGCACUGUGUAUGAGGAAGAGUACCUGUGCAAUUCAGUCCGACGCUUGAUCGAGAGAGUCAUGGCGACAAAGAGCGAGGUGGAGAGGCUCGUGUUCGCUCUCGUGAGGAGGGGCAUGGCGGAACGCGCCAGGGCUGCGGAGGCAUUGAUGGGGGAUGUCGUGGCAGCAUGCGAGCGGGCCGUCCACGAAGUCUUCCCCCCGCGGAACGAGGGCGGCGUCGAGCCGCAGCAAUACGCGGAGGCCCAAGCUGCUGGUGGAGGAGGCAGUGGUGUCUUUCAGGAGUUCGUAGUGGAAGGGCGGCAGACAGCUGACGCGCCCCUUGUCACGGGCAUGAAGAGGCUGCAACUUCUUGGAUCGUAG